AUGGCGUCUCAACCUCCACCACCUAACAAAUGGAUCUCUUGGUUGUCGCAGAUUUAUAGCUCGGGCAAGGGGCCAGUGCUCGGUACGGUCGAUGCCCAGGAAAUCGAAGAUAAAGCCCGCGAGGUUAUGAAGGACAAUUCUAUUGCAUACCAGUAUACGUUGAAGGGUGCAGGUACCUGUUCGACCGAUGAUGCUAAUAGGAAGGCAUUUGAAAGGUGGAAGAUCGUCCCGCGCAUGUUGAACAAUGCUACAUUGCGCAAUGUUGAGACGACAAUUUUGGGUAUGAAAGUCUCUUCACCAAUAUUUGUAGGACCAGUCGGCAAACAAGGUCUGGUGCAUGCUGACGGAGAGCUUGCGACAGCUCGUGCAGCUGCGGCAGUCGGUGUACCGAUGAUUUUAAGUUCUUCUGCGUCGCGAUCCCUUGAGGAUGUAGCGGAAGCCAAUGGGCCGAAUGGACAACGAUGGUAUCAGUUUUACUGGCCUCGUUCUCCCGAUGUGGCAUUGUCCGUCCUCAAACGUGCGAAGGAAAAUGGGUAUACUGCUCUCGUUAUCACGGUUGACACAAUGAUUAUUGGAUGGCGAUCACAUGACCAUCGCAUCGGAUACAGCCCAGCGGGACAUGGGUUCGGCGUCCAACAGGGUAUGGCGGACCCGGUGUUUAUGAAACGCCACGGGCUCGUUGCUCGACAUGAGCGUCCAAAAUUUCCAUUCGAUCAGGAAGAGAUCAGAAAGAAAGCCGCGGCAGGUGACGAAGAAACGAAACAAUCAAUGUUCCUUGCGAGCCAGUGGCUUGCCGAGACAGGAUUUGGGAUCUUCAGAACAUGGGACGACCUUCAAUUCGUCAAGGACAACUGGGACGGCCCCAUCUUGCUCAAGGGAAUACAAGCCGUCAACGAUGCGGAGAAGGCGAUCGACAUGGGCAUCCACGGGAUUAUCGUCUCUAAUCACGGGGGUCGUCAGAUAGAUGGCGCAAUAGCCUCAUUGGAUGCGCUCGAUAUGAUCAUGCACUCACAGAAAGUUCUUGACGCGCAAAAAUCGGGUAAACUGACUGUCCUAUUCGAUUCUGGAAUUCGAACAGGAAGCGACAUAAUUAAGGCGCUUGCAAUCGGAGCACAGGGUGUUUUAAUCGCCCGACCGAUUGUUUAUGGACUUGCGAUAGCCGGCCAGGCGGGGGUAGAGCAAAUUUUGAUGCAAAGCAUCUGUGACUUACACGUUACGAUGGGUUUGUGUGGAUUCAGUGAUGUGAAUGACCUGAUAGGUAAACGAGAUGAACUGUUGGUCAAGAUUGACAUUCCCUAG